AAUCUCCAUUGUUGGGGGGUGAUUGUAGAAUCAUGUCGACUCCCGUCGUUCUACGAUUGCCGUUUGUUACGUUUAACAAGAAACAUUGUGACGUAGAAGAUGACGUAGGCAUCAAAGUUUGUCCAAUCAUCGUCGAUUUUGAACGUUUGUUGAAAGGAGGUCACAAGAAUUAUGAAAAAAUAAUACCCGGAGUUCCGAACACCGAUUUGCUUCAUGUCGCGGCAUCCUUAUAUGGAGUUACCCUCAGUGAGGUCACAGAUGACAUUAUCUACCCAACAAUGUGCGGGAAAUGGUCGCGAACUUUGUUGAUGCUUCGUGACGAGGAACAAACAUUACAACAUCUCAUGAAAACAACGCACAAAAGAAUCGCAACAAACGUCAAUCAAACACCCAACGAUGCAAAUAAUGACAGUGACGACGCCCCAAACAUCUUCAGCGACGACGAAUCUUCUGAUGAGGACGAAGAUUUUGACGACGAUUUCGUUUCCGGGAUUCCUGGGUUUCUUGCGGAAGUUCAAACAAGAAAAGAACAUCUUGUACAAUUAUACGAGAAAAAAAUAGAUGAGGCGGAUGAAUAUCGGAAAUAUCUCGGUGUGGAACAUCGUUUGAUUGGUUGUUCAACUUUCGAACGGUCCUAUGAGAAGCCGGGACAACAGGUGUUGCAACUUACCCUCGUUGGGGUGAGGAAAAAGUAUCGGGGGGUUGGGAUGGGGGGUUUUAUGAUGAAACAAUUACAUGAUGCAACAAUCACUGGUGGUUAUGAUGUCAUACUGGUCAAUGCUGAUCAUAAUGCGGUGGAUUUCUUUGAAAAACAAGGUUUUACCGACGACGUGAUACUAAACAGUCAAUACUCGAAUAUCGGCGACGCUUGGUUGAACUGCAAGCGAAUGUGUUACUUGCCCUCGUACGGAGCAACGAACGAAACAACCGACCUUGACCUCAAAGAAAUGGAACUUGAGUUGACGAUGUGGCGUGAGAGAAGUUUGAACGUGUACCAAUCACAAGCCUCGUUGUUCCAUCGAUUGCGACGAGAAAUUGUUCGUCUUCGAGCACGAGCGAGCAUGCAGGAUGAUGUCAUCAGUAGACUCCAAGCAGACUUAGAGCUCGCUCGUGACUCAGGGGUUAUGAGGAAAGAAGAAGAAUUGAGGAAGAGGUUGGAAAACAUCCGAGUUGCCGUUGACGACCUCGACCAUCAGAUUGAUUCAUCGGCCGAGGAUUUUACUUCGAACGAGGACAAUGAGUGUUUGUUGGUGAAUGAAUUGAGGCAUUGUUUUAUCACAAACAUGGAUGGGGAGGAAUUCAAUUUCCGAGGAACCUCCGUUCAAACAACAAGUGUUGAUGAUGUCAUAAUCGCUUCUGUUCCAAACCAUGUGAUUAAAAGCUUCAACAAUUCUAUGGAAAGCUCGUUGGACCGUGACAUUGUGACAAACUUGUAUUAUUCUCCUGACCAAUCAGGAAACAGCGACAACUUUGACAAAAUAUUAAAAUCGGGGUUUUCCGAAUCUGACUUUGUGGGGGGUUGUUUUGGGCGGGGUCUUCAUUUUACCCGUCACGCACGAGCGGCCACAAGGUUCUCGCCACCCGGGGCUGUUCUUGUUGCCAAGGUUGCGCUUGGCAGAACGCAAACGGUGACGACAAAAGAUUCAUGUCGUGUUUCGCCACCGGAGGGCUCCAACUCGAUCCUUACCCAGGGUCGAUUAUCGGACGAUUCCAUAUUAGGGCAUCCGUCGUGGACCACCGGCCACAGCGAGUAUCUCGUGUUUAACCCCGACCAAGUUUUACCGAUUGCUGUCAUAAAAUAUUCAUCCCAAUGUUAAUGUUGUGUCUAUGUUAUGCAGGGUUAGGUUGGUAGAAUGCCGUUAAUUGUUGAACUGCCGGAUGAUAUCGCAUCGGGGGAUUCACCCAUCACAACACCUAAUUUGGUAAA